AGGAGGCGGCACAGACAUAAGCAUGGCGGUGAACAGCACCCUGGUGGAGCAGUUCUUCCAUGCCCCGGAUUGUGUGGGAUGGAAAACCAACAUGGAGCGGGGAAUCUACCACCUGGCCUGCAUUGUAUUCCUGUUGGCGUAUAUGGGUGGCAGCGGCAUCCUUGGCUGCAUCUACAUCUUUGGGCUCAUGGCGGCCGCUUUCCUGUGCUUGGCAAUGUGGGGUGGCCUGUUCGUCUGUGGGUUGGACAUUGUGACCUGGAACAUCAUCCUGAUAGUGCUCUGCUUGGUGCAGAUUGGACACCUGAUUUACCGAUUACACAGGGAGUCCUACGGAGAAGACUAUGACAUUCUGUACCAAACCCUGUACCAGCCCAUGAAGGUUCCGCUGGAUGUCUUCAAGGAGAUCGCUCACUGUAGCGGGAUGGAGGUCCAUUCCUUAAGUGCCGACCAGAGUUACGCUCUAGAGGGAAAGACGCCCAUUGACCGCCUGUCCCUCCUCAUCUCUGGAAGGGUGAAGGUCAGUCUGGACGGGCAGUUCUUACACUACAUCUUCCCCUAUCAGUUCCUGGACUCGCCGGAGUGGGAAUCCCUGCGCCCCUCGGAGGAGGGGACAUUCCAGGUCACGCUGACGGCGGAGACGGACAGCACGUACAUCAGCUGGCCCCGGAAGAAGCUCUACCUUCUCCUGGCCAAAGAGAAGUACAUCGGCCGCCUCUUCUCCGCGCUCCUCGGCUUUGCAUCAUGGGAUUGGUAG